AUGGUGAACUCCAUGCCAGAUCGCUUCGUAGAGCGACAAAUGAUCCGAGCCUCGUGGGCGAUACCUGAACUGUACGAUGAACGAAGCACCAAGGUCCUAUUCCUCGUCGGCAAGCCGACCUCUCUAGAAAGUGAAGAAAUGUUGGCAAUUGAAGAAGGAAAAUUUCACGAUAUCGUGGUUGCCGACAUCAGGGAAGAUUACUAUUCGUUAUCGUUGAAAACCUAUGCGAUGCUGUAUUUCAAGCACAUC